AAACUGAAACUGGCAUUUCAAUUAGCAAGUGCUGUAUCACAUUUACAUAAACGUGAUAUUAUUCAUCGCGAUCUGCACGCGAACAAUGUUCUUAUACAUCAGAAAAAUAUUAAGUUGGCAGAUUUUGGUUUAUCAAAGAAGAUUGCCGAAGCAUCAAGUAAUAUAUCCAAAAUACAUGGUGUGAUUCCUUAUGUUGACCCGAAAGUGUUUAACAAGAAUCAAAAUGAAAAAUAUAAAUUAGAUAAAAAAUCUGAUAUAUAUAGUAUUGGAGUUUUAAUGUGGCAAAUUUCGAGUGGAUAUCAACCGUUUUCUUCUAAAGGUGUUAAUUAUGAUUUAAGUUUAAUUUUAUCUAUUUCCAAUGGUGAAAGAGAAGAAAUUAUUGUUGGAACUCCAAUUGAAUAUAGUAAUUUAUAUUCAGGUAAUAAGCGAAAUAUCUAG